AUGGGUGAUCUUGAACUUAGGCAGAUUGGUACCCGAGUUCCUGGACUCGGGUACCAAUCUGCGUCAAUGAUGGACUUUCACUUUUUCUAUGUGUACUACGACGGGGAGAUGUAUUAUCAUGAGUUGCAUGGGUUGUCAUACCAAGGCUCGAACCAAAAGCAAAAAUACGUUAAGGUGAAACGUGGGAUAGGGCUUACGAACUUGCAACGAAGAAUAUUGAAGGCGAUGGGGUUAGACCAUUCUAGGCAUAAGAUUGCCAUCGUGUAUCGAGCACCUCAACGGGUUGUAGACACACAGGUUUUCUACAAUUCACUACAAUUAUCGGGUGGCACCGAAGUGAAGAUGAUGUGGGAAAUGGUUGCACAAAUGGUGGCUCGAGGAUUCAUUGCUUCGGAUCUCUAUGUCACUGUUGAGCCCGCCACAGUAGAGGCUAGAGAGGGUUCAGAACAUACUGUUUUGGAUGGAAGAACAUUUGCCCAUGGGAACUCGAUUGAGGAGGAGGAAGGGCCCCAGCAAGUGCAUGAAGGAGAGCAUUUACCUGAUGAUGAGCUCCAUAGGUUCACAUUCGACAAUAACCCUAAUGAUCACAGACUUGGUGAUGAUGCAACCCAUAUCAAUGUUACUAGGGAUAACUUCGAGGAGCUCCUAGAUACCAUGGGUGAACAUGAGAAUGUUGAUCAUAUCGAAGAUGUGGUUGUAGAAGAAAAUAGAGAGACAUGCCCCGGUCCCGAUCCUACGCCGAAAUGGUUCACCCAAAACACUUGGGAUAAUAUGUUUGAUCCAUCACUGGUUAUGCAAGCGGAAGUAUUACCAUGGACGCCUGGGGAGCAGUCAAUUAAAGGGAUGGUAUUCGCAACUAAAUUGGCGGUGCGACGUGCGUUGACUUGGUACGCAGUGCAAGAUAAUUUUAGCUUCAAAACUGAGCAUUCAAACUCAGAGAGGCUUAUGGUGAGUUGCGAGGAUGAUUCCUGUCCAUGGUCAGUCCGUGUGAUAUGUUGCAAGGGAGACAAUAUCUGGAAGAUCGCAAAAUGCAAGGGCCCCCACACGUGCGACAAAAUUCAGAAUGCUCAUGAUGGUCGGAUGAUUGAUUCGGUGUUCUUAGCAUAUGUACUUGAGCGCUAUAUACGAGAAGACCCUGCGUAUAAGAUAAAGAACUUACGCCACGUUGCUUUGGCAGAGUUAAAACACGAAAUAUCUCAUUACAAGCUAUGGGAUGCCAAACAAAAGGCCGUUGCAUCUAUAUACGGGGAUUUUAAGGAGUCUUAUGCGGAGUUGCCGCGUUUUUUGGUAGGACUGAAGGACGCAAGUCCGGGUACAGAGUAUAAGUUAAUAGUGGACGAUAAUUAUGAACAGGGAACCUGUACAUUCAAGUCCGUAUUUUGGGCGUUUCGUCCAUGUAUUGUUGGGUUCAAGAAGUGUAGGCCUGUGAUUAGCAUUGAUGUAACCCACCUCUAUGGAAAAUAUAAAGGGAAAUUGAUGAUUGCAAUGGCGACAGAUGCUAAUAAUAAAAUUUAUCCAGUAGCCUUCGCCGUUGUCGAGAGCGAGAGCACAGAGACUUGGGGUUGGUUCUUGGCUUGUAUAAGAACGUAUGUUACUGACCGGAGACACCUGUGUGUCAUAUCUGACAGACACCCUGGGAUACAAGCUAUUUUUAGAGACAAUAAUCGAGACUUUUCCCUGCGGCCUCCCAUGACAGAACAUCGUUACUGCCUUCGUCAUCUAUGUAGUAAUGUCAACACUAGAUGGAACAAUGAAACUUUAAAAAAUCUAGUAUGGAGGGCAGCAAGUGCUACCCAGGAGCGAAAGUUCAAUGCCACCUUCGAGUUAAUUGAGAAUGUCAACCGGGAUGCGCACCAAUAUCUAAAGGAUGUGCCCAAAGAGAAAUGGGCUCUAAGUUUUGACAAGGGUUAUCGUUAUGGGGCAAUGAUGACAAACGUCUCUGAGUGCUUCAAUGGUGUUCUAAAGGGUGCUCGUAGCUUGCCCAUUACGGCAAUGGUGAAAUACACAUGGUUCAAAUUGAAUUCUUACUUCGAUGAUCGUCGCAAUAAGAGCAUAGCACAGUCAAAUUCGGGACAAAAAUGGACUAAAUAUGCCUUGGAUAUCUUCAUGAGAAAUAAGGCGAAGGUGGAGCGUCACAGGGUGACAAGAUUGAGCGCGCAACAACAAUCAUAUCAAGUAGAUACACCGCAUAAUCCAGAGAGUGCUGGACAUGGGGAUCACACACAUGGAGUUAAUUUGUUGCAAAGAAGUUGCACAUGUCAAAAAUGGAAGUUGUACAAGAUACCAUGUUCACAUGUCAUUGCUGUUUGUAUUAGGUAUCGAUAUGAUGCAGAGCAAUACAUUGACCCAUGCUAUAGCGUGGAUGCACUGUUUCGGAGCUAUGCUCCCGUUUUCCCUGCGUUGAAAGAUAGAUUAUCAUGGCCGGAUCCUGAAGAAACUCGAAGGGUCCUCCCUAACCCCCGAUUGAUUCGAGAGAAAGGCCGCCCUAUCUCAACACAAAUCAGGAAUGAGAUGGACGAGGGUGGGAGACAGUCGAGAACCACACCGUGGAAGGAGGGGGGGAGGAAGGUGCAAUGCAGGUUGUGUGACCAAGAGGGGCAUAACCGAAGAACAUGCCUUAAGUGGAAUGAGGUACCGACAAGUGGUGGUGUCGCAGACUAG